UAGUCAAUGUGAAUCUUCUACAUAACAUUUAAAAACCUGACCAGCUAGUAGAAGAGUCGGUCCUUGCACACUAAGGCGAAUUAUAAAUAAAGCUGAUGCUUUUAUCUACCAACACACAUAUGUCUGAAGUAUGCUAUCUAUCUCCGUGCCCCGUCAAGUCGUCUAGCUGUCUACAGCCGCUGGCGUAGAGACGGCAACGACGACUCUACGAAGGUAGUGUACCUAAGCUUGGAGACGGUCAUCAAUACCGGCAGUAGUCGAUCGUCUCAUCAGUAUCGCGUAGGGUUUCCACCAGUAUAAGCGCACAGAUUACUUUAACAGCUCCGCGAUCAUACGUGCAAUUUGCAAGCGGAUAGUGUAGAAGAAAAGUGGAAUAGAAAAUUUAAAGAUCAAACAUUUUUUCCAUUGAUCUUUUCAUUUUAUUUUCCCCUUUUGCAAAUAUCUUCUUUUGCUCAUUCGCUUUGUAAAGUUGCCAAGUUACAAUCGAGACAAGGUUAAGACGCCAGUAAGAUCCGGACUUUCACCUGGCUUGUGUCCUGUUGACCGUUCAUGUGUCUUCUAGUUGGCUGUAGUGGUUACGCGGUGGCAAAUCUACCCAUCGUGCUGCAACAGCAAAUCGCAUCGAACUCAUCUUAUCUGGAUCGCGGUACGCGGAUUUAAGUGCCGCCGAUUUUACAAACCAGUGCACAAAGACGCAAUGAUGGCGCUGCUAGUGUUGGGCCACUUUGCCGUACCGGUUCAUCUUGCAAACGCACGGGUACGGUUUGUCAGCUAUCGAACGAAACAACCUGUCGCUUUUAUAAGCGCACAGUACGACAGCUUACUUCAGCCAUGCACCAUCUUCAGCGCAAAUUCCAACAGCAGGACACUACCGGUUGGACUGCGCAAUGGUGGUUUACCACUGCUAGAUGCACUUGGAUAUGGCCGUGGCAGUGGGACACUGACACCGCAGAUGAUCAGAUGCAUUUCCACCACAAGCUGGCUUCAGGACCAACCGUCCUCCAAGGUUGAAGUCACAGUACAAACGUUAAAGAAGAAAGAAAAAGAGCAACAGCAGCAGCUGGCCAAUGGGGCAGUGAAUGGAGCCCCCACUGGUACUGCUGCACCGACAGCAGCAACAACAUCAAAUGUACUUUCGGACAGUGGAACAGGUACCGGUACACCCAGCGUAUCGGCCACAAGCGGCAGUACUGUAACAAACGCAGAGCAACAGUCGCAAACACCACCAGCAGCAGCAGCAGCGGUCGUAGCGGCAGCACCGGUUGUGAAGAAAACGCUCCAGCAGCGUAUAUGGGCAGAACUGGUGCACUACUACCACGGGUUCCGAUUGCUGUUCAUCGACAUCAACAUUAGCCGGAAGUUGCUGUGGCGUGUACUUAACGGGAAAACGUUAACCCGUCGCGAACACAAACUACUUAUCCGGACGACCUCCGAUCUGUUCCGACUGGUGCCGUUCUCGGUGUUCAUUAUCGUACCGUUUAUGGAGUUGCUGUUACCGGUCGCGAUCAAGCUGUUCCCGGGCAUGUUACCAUCCACCUUCCAAACCGCCACGGAGCGGGAGGAUAAGAUUAAGCAAAACCUCAAGGUAAAGAUAGAGAUGGCCAAGUUCUUGCAGAAAACGCUCGACGAUAUGGCGGUACAGAACAAGGAGCACCGGUCGCAGGCGGCCAAAGACUUCAGUGAGUUUUUCACGCGCAUCCGUACGACGGAAAACUUUACCUUUUCGAACGAGGAAAUAUUGAAAUUUUCCAAACUAUUCGAGGACGAAAUUACGCUCGAUUCGUUAACGCGGCAGCAGCUUCAGGCACUGUGCCGUGUGCUGGAGGUAUCGCCAAUCGGUACGUCCAAUCUGCUUCGUUUCCAGCUGCGGCUAAAGCUGCGCAACCUGGCGGCAGAUGAUCGCACCAUCCAGAAGGAAGGUAUCGAAUCGCUGAAUCUGUCCGAGUUGCAGGCGGCCUGCCGAGCGCGCGGUAUGCGUGCGUACGGUGCCUCCGAGGAACGGUUAAAGUCGCAGCUGCAGGAAUGGAUCAACCUGAGCCUGAACGAAAAGGUUCCCCCAUCGUUGCUGCUGCUUUCGCGUGCGUUAGUACUGCCGGAGAACAUUACCACGAGCGACAAACUGAAGGCAACCAUUUCCUCGUUGCCCGAUUCGGUGGCAACCGUUACAAAGGCCGCCAUCGGCGAACGGGAGGGUAAGAUCGACAAUAAGACGAAGAUAGAGGUAAUCAAGGAGGAGGAACGCAAGAUUAAGGAAGAGCGCGAAGAAGAGAAGGAAAAGCAAAAGGAGCAACAGGAGCUGGUCGAUGGUGCUCCGGUAUUGACGGCCGAUGGAAAGGUGGGCACGGAACCGAGCACCACCACGACCGUUCCGGAGCAGCCAGAAAUUAUCUUCGCUCCCGCACCGAUCCGUACGAUCGUGCUCGAUCAGAUUCCACCGCAGCCACAUACGGUGCCGGAGAUCUCGAGUAAAGAUCUGGAGGUGCUCGGUGAUGCGCUUGGUACGCUGAGCAAGGACAAGAAAUCGUUGCUGGUCGAGAAGGAAGAAAUAAGGGACCUGAAGGAAGAGAUUGCCGACUAUCAGGAGGAUGUGCAAGAACUACAAGAGGUUGUCACUGCUGCGCGCAAUCAGGAGGAGGUACAGGUGAAGGAAUCGCGUGCCGCGAAAUUGCUGUUCAGGAAGGUUAACUCGAUGAUCAACAGGAUGGACACGGUAAUGACGGAGUUGGAGCGUAAGGAGAAGCAACUAAAGGAGAAGAUGCAUGCGGCCGAACAGAGUGAAGAGUUGCAGAAGCCUCAGGCAGCAGACGAAGAACUGGUGCGAAUAGACGAACUAAUGUCCGCAAUUAAAAAGAUUCAAAAUGUUACCGAUGAUUCGCGGUUAGAUCAAAUUUCAAAGAUUCUGGGCAAAAUCGAUGAUGAUCAGGAUGGUCAAAUUAAGGUGGAGGAUGUGCUGAAGGUCAUUGAAACGAUCGGUAAGGAGAAUGUGAAGCUGAACGCGAAACAGGUGGACGAACUGAUCGAUUUGCUCGACAAGGAGGAAGUACUCGAGGCGGAGGACAAGAUCGAGAAGGCACUUACCAAGAGCCUGGAAGCCAAAGAGAAACAAAAGGAGCAGAAGGAAAAGGAGAAGGAAAAGCUGCUCGAGCUUACGGAUAAGGCGACGGAUUUGAGUGCCCUGGCGGCACCACCUAGUCCGACGAAGCAGCAGCUUGACGAUGGUACAGCGAUUAUCGAUGCGGACGCACUACAGAAGGUGGUGGAGGAACGUAAGAAAAAUGCCAGUAUUAAUGGAACCGGUGGAUCAGCGACAGGAUCGACAGCAGCAGGAACCACCGAAGUAGUAGUGCCACCACCGACAGCGACACAGCAUUCGACACGGCCCGACUCGAGUACCGGCGCACCCAAGGACAAAAUGAUUUAAUAAAUAGGAUAGCGCGCUUUUAGUACCCCCCCACUAGAACCAGUACAACUCCGUCAGGCUGUGCUUCGUUUGCGUCUGUAGCAAACGACAUUCUUUAAGAAAACGGUUGGAGUCUUCUGUAGAAGAACCUCCAUCUUCGAUGCGCUAAAUGUAAACCGGAAAACCAAAACUGUAGAAAGUGUGAAAAGUGUCAAGCACGAACAAGAUUUUACAUCCUCACAAGGACAUAACCAGUGAAGUUUAUCAAUGCAAUAUAUUUUGCCGGCCUUGCAAUACUACUACCAGCUGCUUUUCUCCCCCUGUUGUUUGGUGCAUUAAGCCACGCGUUCCAGAGUAUGAUUCCAAGCGAACGUUCUGAAUCGAUCAAUACGAUUUGAUGAUGAGGGUCCUGCUGAUUGCCGUCACGAGCAUACACGCUACAUUGCCUGUUUGUAUGUUUUAUUUUACUUUUGUUUCCUCUACACACUGUGGUGCGUCCGUACGCCAGGACGAUGCUUAACGUUGGACGUUGGCGUUGAAAAUGUGUCUGCAGCAAUAACGACCUUCACGAACAGCCACAACUGCGAAGUGAUGAUGAUGGUGAUGGUAGAUUCCAUUUCACAAAUGGUGCUGUAAGAAAGCAAAUGGGUUACAAAACCAACAAAUUUAUUGUGUAAUAAACGAACGAUCGCAUAAAUAAGUCUAAUGUACAAUAAAAAAAAGAAAGGAUAAUUUAUUAGAAAUGUUGACGCGGAA